UUAUUUUAAAUAAAAAUAUUAGGCCUUACCAUAGGCUGUGCUUAGACUCCAGCUCCCAUUAGUCCUAAAUAGCAUAUCUGUCUCUGCUGCUUGAGAGGGUUCUGUCCAUUUUUACCACCAUGGUGGGAUGAAAUGGUUUUAAUGGUACAGCAGAAGCUUUUCUCUUAAGUGCUUAUUUCAUCCCACAGUUGAUUCUAUAUGACUCUAAUAUGUCUCAUAAAGUAGGAAGUACGAUUACUGAUCUCGAUCUGUAAUAGUCUCAUAAUACACACAUGCUAGUAUCCUGUUGCUAAUGCCAACUAAGAGUGGACCCACUGAAUAAAUUGCUGAAUGGUAAAGAAAUAGUUCUGUAAAUCCCACUGAAUCAGCAUGCCUACUUUAGUUGAGACUUAUAGAAUGUUGACCAUAAUGUAGUAACUCUGUAUUGGAUUACAAAUGUAUCAGCAACAGUUAGAAUAUUGAGACAUUUUCUGUUUUCUACUUUAUAUAACAAGAUGCCAAUAAUGUUGCUGUUCAAUUUCAUUGUAUUUGGAAGAUGUAGAUGAUCACGGAACAAAGAAAAGCUAAUGAUGUGGGUGAUCACAGACAAUUAGGAAAGUCUUUGAACUUAUGAUCUAACUCUAAAGGAAAAGGCAGAAUGAGUAGAUCACCCGGCCCGCUGACAGCUGCUGCUUCUCUGCCAGGAGAGUUCGCUCUUCGAUUUAAUAGAUAAUUAACAACCUUGGGUAGGAGCUUCCUACAGGAAAAUGCUUAGUGCUCAUAGAUUUUUUGCUUUUCUAAAGUAUGUGUUGUGAACAUUAAAGGUACUCAUAUGAAAAGGAAAGCAUGGAGGGUGGGAAGGGAGAUUAGAAUGUCUUAAAAGAAUUUAUUUGUUAUGAAGCAUUACAUUCUACUUCAUAAAACCAUAUGAUUGCUAACAAAUGGAGAAGGUUCACAUUAUGAUACUGAUGGCCCAUUUUGUAUGUCUCGUAGGCAUGCGUGGCUGCUGGUCUCACUACCUGCAAGGUAUUCUAGCCUUGCCGUCUCUACCCUGCACAACCUUCUACGGACAGAAAUUUCUUGUUCGAAAUUUUGCAGUUGAAGCAAAGAGUGUAUAUGUUCGGGACAAACCGCAUAUCAACAUCGGGACCAUUGGGCAUGUGGACCACGGCAAGACUACAUUAACAGCAGCCAUCACCAAAAUUCUAGCUGAGGCUGGAAGUGCCAAGUUCAAGAAAUAUGAAGACAUCGAUAACGCACCAGAAGAAAAAUCACGAGGGAUCACAAUCAAUGCCUCCCAUGUUGAAUAUUCAACAGCCAACCGCCAUUAUUCUCACACAGAUUGCCCUGGCCAUGCCGAUUAUGUCAAGAAUAUGAUCACGGGGACAUCACCGCUGGAUGGCUGCAUCCUGGUAGUGGCUGCCACAGACGGACAGAUGCCACAGACAAAGGAGCACCUUCUGCUUGCUAGACAGAUAGGAGUGAAGCAUAUGAUCGUGUACAUCAACAAGGCUGAUGCAGUUGAAGAUCAAGAGAUGUUGGACUUAGUUGAGCUGGAGAUCCGCGAAUUGCUCACAGAGUUUGGCUAUGAUGGGGCAAAUAUCCCUGUCAUUGUUGGCUCUGCUCUGUGCGCCCUGGAGGAUCGUAAUCCAGAAUUGGGCUUGAAUUCUGUUAUGAAGCUGUUGGAUGUAGUAGAUGUACACAUCCCUGUGCCAGAGCGUGAUUUGGACAAACCCUUUCUUCUUCCUAUAGAGCAUGUUUACUCCGUCCCAGGCCGGGGCACUGUAGUGACAGGCACGCUCGAACGUGGUGUGAUCAAAAAAGGAGAAGAAUGUGAAUUUCUGGGGUACCGUCAGCAAUUGCGCUCUGUAGUUACAGGCAUAGAGAUGUUUCACAAGCAACUGGAACGAGCAGAAGCUGGAGACAACAUGGGUGCUUUAAUACGGGGAAUGAAGCGAGAGGAUUUACGACGAGGCAUGAUUAUGUGCAAGCCAGGCUCCAUCCAGCCUCACGAGAAAGUCGAAGCUCAGGUUUAUGUCCUGACGAAACAGGAAGGUGGUCGUCACAAGCCUUUUGUAUCUAACUUUCAACCUAUCAUGUUUUCUCUGACAUGGGAUAUGGCCUGCCGUGUACAGUUGCCUGAAGGGAAGGAGUUAGUGAUGCCUGGUGAGGAUGCCACACUUAAUCUGGUAAUGCGGACUCCCAUGGUCUUAGAAGUGGGGCAACGAUUCACCCUGCGUGAGGGAGGCAAAACCAUUGGCACUGGUGUGGUCACAAAAACACUUCCAAUAACUCCAGAGGAACAGUGGAAAGAGUAAGAAGUUGUAUUUCCCAAGGGGUGUAUUCUGUGACAAUGCAGCAAGCCACCCAAUGGACUGAAAUCUGGAAUUAAAACUGUUUUGGAGAAGAGGUGUACAGCAAGCAUCAAACCAAGUCUCCACCAGUUUGUGGAAAUUGUAAAUGACUAGUGUUCCAGUCUUAGCAAGAGGGAGAGGUGACUACUAUGCUGCGUACAGUAUUUUGUGGUGAUUGGUGGCAAUGAAGUUUUGUUAAAAUAAAGGACUUAAACCAAU